ACCCUCUUCUUUGCUCUAUGGUCUCUUUACUCAAAUCCAAGAAGCCGGUGCGGUGCCGAAUCUAUCUUUUCAGUUUGAAGAAAAAAGCGAUCUGAUUCUGAUGUACGGCUGAAUUGUGGCGCUAAAGAAUUACAUGAAUAAUUGUUAAUACAGUAAAAUGAGCUACUACGAUAAAAGAGAUUCUUAUUCACAAUACGCCAAUUACCAGUCUGACUCCAGGAGGAAUUCGAAUAGCUUCAGUGAAGAGCAGACUGGAGCGAAGCGCAAGAAGAAAUGGCCUAGAAGAAGGGGUGGAAGUGCCAGCGGUCCUGGCAGAUCUGAGAUUAAUGUAGACACUCAGCUUUUCAAGGAGCCUUCUGCACCAGCUCACAAACGGUUUGCACCCUCAAUGAGUCCCGGUCAACAUAACCGCUACCGUGAACCGUAUUUUGACAUGAGGGACAUGCCGGAUUUCGUUGAGCCCCAACAUGCUGGUCCUUCAUGGCACUGGGAUACUUACUUCCACGAGUGCAAGUCAUGGCAAGAAAAGCAUAAACUUGCUUAUUAUCGCUCAAGAUGUAUGGCUUUGGAGUUUGAGAACCAAAUGCUCUUUGAACAAAUUCAUUCAUUAAUUGAAGAAAACUGUGUAUUUGCUGCCGAGCGUGGAUUAACUCCAACAAUGCGACUGCCAGAGAUCCCUGGCAGACAGACUGAACGUGCUAAAGCCAGUACCACUCCCAAGAAACAAGGUAAAACAGAUGAGCACACCGCUGCUUCGGAAUCUGAAAUUGUAUGCAAUGUUACAGAGGAUAUGAUGAAUUUUUUAGAGGAGAACAUCCGCCACAAACUUAGUUUGAAAAAGAAACAUCAGGAAGGGGAGCAUUCUAAAUCCAAUGAUGGUGACACAAAACGCAAGGAGAAUGAAUCCAAGCGUCAAGGUCCUAAGCAGCCAAUGGGGCAGAAGCGCAAGGAGGAGCACGAUCAGUUGUAUGGAAAAGACUCUGCAGUGAUCCAAGCAUUAGAAACUUCAGUUCAACUCAACUUUAACCGUGUUGUUGAUACUCAUAAGCCGGAGCUGUGGAUGACUGAACCUCUGAACCCUGAAGCUGUAUCUGCUUAAUAAAAGUGCUGUUUAUCAGUUGUAUUAAUUCAUUUAUGUUAUAUGCAUUGCUCCUUUUUAUUGGCAUGUAAUAAACUACUUUAUAAUUUAA